AUGGCUAUCGUCAUAGAGUCCUAUUAUCUUCUUUUUGUCAACUUUCUCUACCGCUAUUUUAUGAUAACGAGGUUCACGGAAAGUUCCAUUUUUUGUUAUCCGAAUUCGUGUUUUCAGGAAAAUAGCCGAGACGAAAAAUGCGUUUAGUCGCCUGGAUAUGUUCUUGAUAGUUCUGGUCAACAUAAUAUUUCUUUCAGUGUUUUUGGCGUUUGUUAAACACUUUGAAGCAAAGGAGGCGAUUGAUUCAGAGACGUGUGGAGACCUUAAAAAGUUUCUUCACGCUGAAAUUGUUUGCUACGGUUUCUAUUACGCAGAAGUUUCCAAGGUUUUACAGAGACAUAUUUCGUUGAAUAAUAAUUCUUUCCAGAAUAGUCUUGUCGAUUCUUUAAUGUGGGCAGGACAUCUUAUCGCAUUAUUAGUUCUAAUUCUAUCCAUGAUGUUGGUAGGAUUCAAAACGUACAAGUUACUGAAUCAACACGUUCUCAACUUACCUAUCCAGAAACAAAUUUUCAAUGCAAUUUUAUGCCAGGUAUUCGAUAUCUCAUCGUUCCUCAACGGCGUUUUUCAGUCCAUAGCUCCCUUUUUUCUUGGGUUUCUACCCAGCUUGAUACUUUUCGUCUGUUUAUUUUUGGACAUCAACCUCGGCGAGUACAUCACAGUUUUGUUCCUGUUUCUCAGCCUACAACCCGUCUUUGAUCCACUUUUCACCUUGUUGUUAAUCAAAACCUACCGCGCCAAGGUGGUUGACUUCUUGACGCUCCUUUGUAAAAAGGAGGGAUCAGCUGGACUCAAUUCUGUCGGAAUCGCUUCAGCUCAGAUUACUCCUGAGCAGAUCGAAAUCACGUCUUUUUAA